GACAGCAGAUUUGAUUUCGGAUUUGUCUGAAGCAUGCAUGAAGCAUGAGUGAAAUCUAUGGAGCAAUAUCCGCAUUAUGUCGCCUCCUAGAGGUCAAUUGCAGUACUAGCCGUUCUCCCCGCAGUUUCGCCGAAUCUCUAAUGUGAUGAAUACAACCAACAUGGCGGAGAAUGAAACCUUGGAGAGUAUUACGGAGCAUGAACGUAUCCUGCAGGAAAUUGAGAGCACUGACACAGCCUGCGUUGGCCCAACACUUAGAUCUGUCUACGAUGACCAGCCUAACGCACACAAACGCUUUAUGGAGAAGCUGGAUGCCAGGAUACGCAACCAUGACCGCGAGAUCGAGAAGAUGUGCAACUUCCACCACCAAGGCUUCGUGGACGCCAUCACAGAGCUGCUCAAAGUCCGAGCAGAUGCCGAGAAACUCAUGGGACAAGUGACCGACACUAAUCAGAGACUUCAGGAGGCCGGGAGAGAGGUGACGACGCAAACUGAGGAGGUGAUUCGCUGUCGAAUCCAGCAGAGGAACAUGGCCACCACCGUGGAGAAGCUGCAGCUCUGCAUCCCAGUCCUUGAGAUGUACAGCAAACUGAAGGAGCAGCUGGAAUUUAAAAGAUACUACGCGGCGCUGAAGACCAUGGAGCAGCUGGAGACCUUCUACAUCCCGCGGGUCAGCCACUACCGCUUUUGCCAGAUCAUGGCCGAGACGCUCCCAAAACUCCGCGACGAGAUUAAGGACGUUUCCAUGUCCGACCUCAAGGACUUCCUGGAGAGCAUCAGGAAGCACUCGGACAAGAUCGGAGAGACGGCGAUGAGACAGUGGGCGAAAACAGGGACUUUCCUGGUAUCCUCCACAGCUGGUAGAACACUCCUUGGGGAUAGGAGUGAAGAGAGAGCUCAGCAGCACAGGACAUUCAUCAGUGCCAUGCAGAAGCAGACCAGCCUGGGCUGCACCAAGCCCCUGUACUCCCUCAACGGGCGCACCCCAACCCAGCACAACGGCCACGACGGAGAGGAGGGCACAGAGGAGGAGGAGGCCGAGGAAGAGGUUUUAACAGCACAUGAUCUGGUAGAUUUCUCCCCAGUCUACCGAUGUCUGCACAUUUACACAGUCCUGGGUGACAGGGAGACCUUUGAGAAUUAUUAUCGGAAACAGCGGAAGAAACAAGCCAGACUUGUCCUGCAGCCCCAAUCCAACAUGCACGAAACCGUGGAAGGCUACAGGAAGUACUUCAACCAGAUAGUCGGGUUCUUUGUGGUGGAGGACCACAUCUUGCACGCGACCCAGGGGCUGGUGACUAGGGCCUUCACAGAUGAGCUGUGGAACAUGGCCCUCUCCAAAAUCAUCGCCGUGCUGCGCACACACUCUUCAUACUGUGAUGAUCCAGACCUGGUCUUGGAGCUCAAAAACAUGAUUGUGAUAUUCGCUGACACUUUACAGGGUUACGGCUUCACAGUGAACAGAUUAUUCGAUCUCCUGUUUGAGAUCAGAGAUCAGUACAACGAGACACUGCUGAAGAAAUGGGCUUCAGUGUUCAGGGAAAUAUUUGAACAGGAUAACUACAGCCCCAUCCCGGUGGAGACGGAAGAGGAGUACAAAUCUAUAGUCUGCAGGUUCCCCUUUCACGACGCCGACAUUGAGAAGCAACCAUUUCCAAAGAAACUCCCCAUGUCCCACUCUGUGCCUCAGAUCUACACGCAGGUGAAAGAGUUCAUCUACGCCAGCCUUAAGUUCUCGGAAUCUCUUCACCGCAGCUCAACAGAAAUUGAUGACAUGCUACGCAAGUCCACCAACCUGCUGUUGACGAGGACACUGAGUGGCUGCUUACAGAACCUCAUCAAGAAGCCUCACAUAGGCCUCACUGAGCUGGUUCAGAUCAUCAUAAACACUACACAUCUAGAGCAAGCCUGUAAAUACCUGGAGGAGUUCAUCACCAACAUCACCAACGUCUCCCCGGAAACCAUCCACACCACGCGGCUCUAUGGCCUCGCCACCUUCAAGGAUGCGCGUCACGCAGCCGAGGGCGAGAUCUACACCAAACUCAACCAGAAGAUCGAUGAGUUCAUCCAGCUGGCCGACUACGAGUGGGGCAUGUCCGAGUCUGACGGCAGAGCCAGCGGCUACCUCAUGGACCUCAUCAACUUCCUGCGUAGUACCUUCCAGGUCUUCACACACCUGCCGAAUAACAACAAUGACCAUGCCGCGAUGUCGGGUAAGGUAGCCCAAACGGCCUGCAUGUCUGCGUGUAAGCACCUGGCCAGCUCACUGAUGCAGAUGCUCCUGGACCCUGACCUCAAGCAGAUCAGCUUAGGGGCCAUUCAACAGUUCAACCUGGACGUCAUCCAGUGUGAAUUGUUUGCCAGCUCAGAACCAGUGCCCGGUUUCCAGGGAGACACCUUACAGCUGGCCUUCAUCGACCUGCGACAGCUCCUGGACCUGUUCAUGGUGUGGGACUGGUCCACAUACCUGGCUGACUAUGGGCAGCCCAGCUCCAAGUACCUGCGGGUGAACCCCUCGACAGCUCUGGCCCUCCUGGAGAAAGUCAACAGGGGAAUGAAGGACACCAGUAAGAAGAACAACAUCUUCUCCCAGUUCCGCAAGAAUGACCGAGACAAACAGAGGCUGAUUGAGACGGUGGUGAAGCAGCUUCGGAGUUUAGUCAACGGAAUGUCCCAGCACUCCUAAGGCCCCCGAACACACCCUGCCCCCCUCCUGCCACAAACACACCGAUCCCCCAACCCCCAAGCACCCUCCUCCGCUCAGCCCCUCGAAAACACAAACUUCUGUUUACCUGACUGGAAGGAACCUGUAUAUAUGGAAAAUGUGGAGAUGUGAAGAAGAAAAAUACCCAGAAAAAGACAGUUUGCUGAGGGGGGAAAACACCUGAAGGCUGUGUUCUGAGCAGUAAAAUGAAUAUUCUUUUCAUUUCCUUUUUCUUUUCUUUUUUUUGUGUGGAGAAAUCGUAUUUUUAACGAUUUGAGAGAUAUUGUUUAUGUUGUUUUUUGGUUUUGUAUAUUGUAAAAGUAUAAUGAUUGUAUCACCACAGUUGGUGGUGUGUUUGGCAGGUAUGGAGAUGCUGAGGAGAAGUUUGAAGAGAAAUGAUGAAGUCCAACAAACGAGACUGAGGUUCCUGCAGACCUCUCUUGGUCUCUAUGUCUCUCCCUGUCUCUCUCUGACACGCACAUGCACACUCACACACACACACACACACACACACACACAGCCACAUAUAUACACAUACAUAUACACCACACGCAGAUGUAGUUUUAAUGUAAAUAUAUUUCAGUAUAUAUUUAACACUACAGCAGUUCUCGUCCUGCUGGACUGGCUUGAAACUAAUUUGGCUUUGAAACAGUUGAUGAGCCAAAAAUGCAUGAAGAUCUUGCUUUUUUUUUUGGGUUGAUUGGUUGUUCAAAAGAGCAAAGGACCUUGAAGUAUAAUUCAUCCUAGUAGGAACCGUUUGGAAAAAGGUCUAUUUUAUCUGUCACAACGAUGUGGUUUGCUGGCAUCCCAAAAUGCUACUUAGAAUUUUCUUUGGUUUUUAUUUGCCUCAGGGUGACAAGGAAUCUUUUGGGUUGUGAUGCUUUAGAAGCCGAUGCUUACUGGAGACGGUGACGAGCAAUAACUGGUCUGUUUGCCGUCUCAUUAAGCAUCCAUUGCCUAGGGAAAUGACUCUUUUGCAAACGUUGUGUGAUUGGAUUCUGCUCUGAAUUGCUUUCAACAGGCAUUUUUUUGCACUGAAUUAUUUAAGGUUGUUUUUUUUAUUUUUAUUUUAAAUAGAUGCUUGUGUAAUUAAAAUGUCAUUUGUAUAUACCACCUAUUUUGUUAAAAAAGAAAAUGGAAUGCAGAAGAAUGUGAGUUCUGCAGCAAUUUUAAGAGAUGAUUAAGUAAAUGCAUCUCCCUAUGCUAAAUAUGUAAGUAGAGUUUGAAAUUGUACUUAAAUUGAACAGACACAAGUUCACCGUAUGCAAUGAGAGGGGAGUUACUAGACAUGCCCACUCGGUCGUCUCUGCGUAGCCGAAACAAAUACGACUCAUCCAUUCAACAUUUCAACAUUCCUGUGUGAAGCCAUCGAUGUAAGAGCGCUCCGGGACAUUUAAAACGGCUACUAGCCGUACUGCACCCUUGCCAUGAACCUACGAUAAUUCCUCCUCCCCCUCCCGGUCCCUCUUCUCCCCCAAAUGACUGCUAUAUUCCCAAGAUCCCAUCUGUUUUUAUUUGUGUGCUAUAAUAAAAUGUGAUCACUUUA